GCUGGACCCUGAGACGGGCUCGCCCCCAGGGAUGCUCCGGGCGCAGGAGCAGCCUAAGUUCAUCUUUGUCCCGAGGAAGGGGAGCGGCGUCUUCCUCGCCUGUUGCAGCCAGGCCCCUGCUGAUUUCCCGGGGGAAAGUGGGGUCCCGCGCGCCCGCGCAGCACAGCCAGCGACCCCUUGGGGGGCCCCUUUGCCGCGGCGAUCGGUCCGCGCGCCCCCGCCCGAGCCGCGCCUGGCCCGGUCCUCGCCGACGCUUGGUUGACCCGAGGAUCGUCUCGAGCGUCCGUCUUGUAAAUGUUCAGCAUUUUGCUGCUUUGCUGCUUCUCUCUGGGGACGGGUCCAGCGCUGACCGAGACCGGCGGACAGAGGCGGCUGAGCCCCGAGAAGAGCGAAGUAUGGGGGCCGGGGCUGAGGGCGGCCGUGGUCCUGCCCGCGCGCUAUUUCUUCAUUCAGGCGGUGGAUGCCUCGGGCCAGAAAUUUACAUCAUCUCCUGGUGAAAAGGUUUUCCAGGUUAAAAUCUCCGCCCCAGAUGAGCAAUUCACUAGAGUCGGUGUCCAGGUUUUAGACAGAAAAGAUGGGUCCUUCAUCGUUAGAUAUAGAAUGUAUGCAAGCUACAAAAGUCUGAAGGUAGAAGUUAAAUUCCAAGAUCAACAUGUGGCCAAAUCUCCAUAUAUUUUACAAGGGCCAGUUUACCACGAGAACUGUGACUGCCCUUUGGGAGACAGCGCAGCCUGGCUCCAGGAGAUGAACUGCCCAGAAACCAUUCCUCAGAUUCAGAGAGAUCUGGAACAUUUCCCGACCAUCGACCCGGAAGCGAUCGCAGCAGAAAUCCCAAAAAGAUUUGGACAGAGGCAGAGCCUGUGCCAUUACACCCUGAAGGAUAACAAGGUUUAUGUCGUGACUCACGGUGAACAUGUAGGUUUUCGAAUUUUCAUGGAUGCCAUUCUACUUUCUCUGACUCGAAAAGUGAAGAUGCCAGAUGUGGAGUUUUUUGUUAAUCUGGGAGACUGGCCUUUGGAAAAAAAGAAAUCCAGCCCCCACCUCCAUCCCAUCUUUUCCUGGUGCGGCUCCACAGACUCCAAGGACAUCGUGAUGCCGACCUACGACCUGACGGACUCCAUUCUGGAAACCAUGGGCCGAGUCAGUCUGGAUAUGCUGUCUGUGCAAGGGAACACGGGCCCUCCCUGGGAAAGCAAGAACUCCACGGCGGUCUGGAGAGGCCGAGACAGCUGCAAAGAGAGGCUGGAGCUGGUGAAACUCGGCCGGAAGCACCCGGAUCUCAUCGACGCUGCUUUCACCAACUUCUUCUUCUUUAAACAUGAUGAGAGCCUCUACGGGCCCAUCGUGAAGCACAUCUCCUUCUUUGAUUUCUUCAAGCACAAGUAUCAAAUAAACGUGGAUGGCACGGUGGCCGCCUACCGCCUGCCCUACCUGCUCGUGGGCGACAGCGUGGUGCUGAAGCAGGACUCCAUCUACUACGAGCACUUUUACAACGAGCUGCAGCCCUGGAAACACUACAUCCCCGUGAAAAGCAACCUGAGCGACCUCCUAGAAAAAUUGAAAUGGGCCAAAGAUCACGAUGAGGAGGCAAAGAAGAUCGCAAAAGCAGGGCAAGAAUUUGCAAGAAAUAAUCUCAUGAGUGAUGAUAUAUUCUGUUACUAUUUUAAACUUUUCCAGGAAUAUGCCAGUUUACAAGUGAGUGAGCCCCAAAUCCGAGAGGGCAUGAAGAGAGUAGAACCACAAGCUGAAGAUGACCUCUUUCCUUGCACGUGCCAUAGAGAAAAGGCCAAAGAUGAACUCUGAUAUGCCAAAUAUCUUCCCUUUAAAUAAUGGUGCUCUGAAGACUUUUUUCACUGAAAUAAGAAUGUUUUUUAAACAUUGAUUCCAUGGACAGAAUAAAAUCUCUCACAUGAUCAUUGGAUUAUGAAGACGUGCUGCUUCGCCUCGUGCAGUAUUGCCUUGCCUGUCCUUGGAAGCGCAUUUGAAGAAUUUUAUAAUAAAACCACUUCUAUUUUAAAGG